AUGAAUACCAAUACAAGAAAUAUUCAGAGGAGAAAUAGUAUUUCAAUAAGAAAAAAGAAAACUGAAGUAGGAUCAAAAUUGUUUGUCAGGAAGAAAAAUCAAACUAAAACUGAAAUAGAACUAGCGGACAGAGAUGACGUCAUUACUGAAAAAUGGCGAAAGAAGUUUAAAAUAAUGGAUGAAAUAAAUAGAAAAAUAGCUACAAAUAUUAAAAUUUUGACUGCUAACAAACUAGCCUAUGAAGAUUUUAAUAUAAAAUAUUUACAACUUAAAUCCAAAGUUCUUGACACAGAAGAGAAAUUAUUAAGGAAUGGCAUAGAUACAUCAGAAUAUCCAGCAUUUUCUAAUGAAGAAGUAGAUUGGAGUUCAGAGUUUGGAACUGUUAGAAGCUCUAAAUUUGAACGAUUAUUACUUUUGGAAAUGAAUGCAGAAAAUACAACUCCUGUAACUACAAUUACACAACACGAAUAUUAG